AGUGAAGUGGAAUGAAGUGAGCGAGGAGAGGAGACGCGUGGCCACGAGGAGCACGAGGAGGAGGAAUUCUGGCGGUGGCAGUGCCACCCUUUUCUCAAAGAAUCCCUCGUGCUGUCCACCGGGAGAUAAAAAUUUGAGACUUAAUCAUUUUUUUUUGGUUUGGUUAAAUUUUUGAAAAAAAAUAGAAAUUCUCCGUGUAAUAUUGGAACAGCUAUUUUCGAAAUAAUAAAAAUAUGUCCGCCGGUGUUCGGAGUUUGUUGCCAUAUAAUCGUCUACGAAGGUUGAAGAAUACUCAUAAUGUCUGGAUUGUCUCCGUCUUGCCGGUCCCUUAUCAAAAGUUUUAUCGCGAAUGGAUGGGGAGUGAGGAUAAGGAGACCCCCGUCCAUUGGAAACCUGUGGAUUCGGAAUGGGUACGAAAUCCGGAAACGGGGGAAGUGAAACGAUUUCAAAAUGUACCCAUCCCUGUCCUUUAUCCGGACCAGAUGCACGAAGGGCUGUGGGGUGGAGAGGGGGUAAUUGAAGGACUGGUUAAAAAGGGAAAGUACAGAUGUCCCGUCCCCAGAUUUUGGGUUCCAAAUUUCUAUAAAACUGUAGUCUACAGUGAAAUUCUUGACAAGUAUUUGUCUAUCGUUGUUACUGAAAGGGCUUUAGAACUUAUCGACCAACACAGUGGUCUGGAUAGUUAUUUGCUAAAUACCCCGGCUUAUGACCUCAAAAGUUUGCUGGCGUUAAAGUUGAAAAGGAAACUGCUAUUUUCAAUCUUGGAUAAAGAUUUCCUAGUUAAUAAUUUGGAAAAACAGACAAAUCUGGUUGAAAAAUAUAAGGACUGCCUCAUCCCAAGAGACGAUGUCGAAUGGUAUGGAUAUUCUGUGCAGGAAGCUCAGUUAAAAUAUAGAAUGCUGUUAAAAGAGCAAAGUCAACCAGUGGCUUUAAAACAUGAAAUCAGAAGAAAAUAUUAUCAGUCAUUGAUUAACAAAGACUUUGAUGAACCCCCUACAGAAUCCGUAUCAUGGGUGAAGAAGAUGAACCCUUUUACAAAGCCGGCUCAAGCCCCAUAAAGUAAAUAUUUAUAUAUUUCUAGCAGAAUGACAUGAAUUGAGUCACUAGUAUAUAGAUCUUUAAUUGAGCGUAUAAUUCACUAUGAUUUAAGGAAAUUAAUUAAUGGUCGAACGUUUUAUAAUAUGCAUAAAAGAAAAGAGUUUAAUUCAA